AUCGGAAUAAAUACCGGUGUUCAGUGAAAACAGAAUAAAUAUUAGUGUCCGUGAAAACAGAAUAAAUAUUAGUGUCAGUGAAAACAGAAUAGCAGAAUAGAUACUAUAGCGAUGAGUGGAAACAGAAUAAAUACCGGUGUUCAGUGAAAAUAGAAUUAAUAUAUGUGUUCACGGAAACAAAAUAAAUACCGGUGUUCAGUGAAACAGUAAUAAAAACCGGUGUUCAGUGAAAACAGAAUAAAUAUUAGUGUCAGUGAAACAGAAUAAAUACGAGUGUUCAGUGUAAUUAGAAUAAAUAUUAGUGUUUCAGUGAAUCAGAAUAGAUAUACUGGUGUUCAAUUAAACAGAAUAGAUGUAAGUGUUCAGUAAAAACGGAAUAAAUACUGGUGUUCAGUGAAACAGAAUAGAUGUAAGUGUUCAGUAAAAACGGAAUAAAUACUAUAGUGUUUAGGGAAACAAAAUAAAUACUAGUGUUCAAUGAAAAAAAAUACAUAUACAUGUUUGCCGGUUUUAACUUUAAUACAUUAAUUCUUAUUUUUAAUACCAAACAGAAUUGUGGUAUCUCACAAUGGAUGAACACAAGGUGGAUUAUACAAAAUGGAAACUAAAGUGUAUAAAUCAGGAAUGGUUUUUAGAUAUCGAUGGACAACUGAAAUGUUUAGAUAUUUUGGAAAAAUCGCGUACAGCUCAAUUAAUAGAAAACAUUAUUUUCACUGACAAUGUCAGGUAUCAAGUAAUUGAAGAGAGCGAUGGCGAUAUCUCGAUAAGAGAAAUAGAGAAUGUCACUGAGAUUAAUCGCACGAAAACUGUAAAGACGACGGAGUCAAAAGAAGUUAGGACAAAACACGAAGGAGUUACCAAUUACACAUUUGAGGAGAUUUCAGUAUCACCACUAAACAGAACUCGUAACGAAUCUCCCAAGAGACGAAAUGAGCGACAGAAGGCGGAUAAGACUGUCGUUGAAGGUGCCAAAUGGUUUCAUAAUGACACUAAGGCGUCUUCAGAAGAAAUGACACAAGAAUUUGGAAGUGAAGAAUAUGUUAAAAAAGAUGGUAGGCUUGUUUUUAGCUAAAUUGAAACUGCUUUCAAAUUCUAGAACGAUUUUCUAAUGUAUUAAUAUAAGCAUGAAUUGUUUUUGAGAUAAUUAUUUGAUACAGAUGAUGACUUUGUGCUAAUCGCUGCAGUUCGGAAGGCUGAAGACAAAUAGGUGGUUGCUCUAGCGCGUGACAAGUAAGAAUAAAAAUAGAUAUA